GUCUGAACAAUAAUGGCCGCCCUCGGAACGAUACCUGGAACGGGCAGCAGCAGAAGAUUCAUACCGGGACAUGAUAGCUGACCGAAAAUAAACUAAAAUAUCCAGGUACUCCCUCCCCUACCCGGCUACAGAACGGAUGGGAAGAGGGGGUCGAGCCCAAACGACUUUGAGGAACGAAAGACAGGGACAAGUUAAGCGGUUGGCAGACAAGUGAAAGAAAGCAAGGCAACACCGCACAGUCAAGCUAGCAAGGGGAACGCAGACAGGCAUAGUUUGGCAAAGGGUGGGCAGGACAUCGGGCGCUUUGAAAACGACGAAACCUCGGGGCUGUUGCUAGCAUGAGUGGACCUGGGCAGGACAGCGAACCGGAGGCGAAAGUCCUUCACAUCAAGCGUCUGUACAGGGCUGUAGUGGAAUCUGUUCAUAAGCUGGAUGUCAUCAUCAGCAACAAGUCAUCAUACAGGGAGGUGUUCAAGCCAGAGAAUAUCAGCCUGCGCAACAAGCUGCGGGAGCUCUGUGUGAAGCUGAUGUUCCUGCACCCGGUGGACUAUGGCCGCAAGGCUGAGGAGCUGCUCUGGAGGAAGGUCUACUAUGAAGUCAUCCAAGUCAUUAAGACCAACAAGAAGCACAUUCACAGUCGCAGCGCUCUCGAGUGUGCCUACAGAACUCACCUGAUUGCGGGCGUGGGAUUCUACCAGCACCUGCUGCUCUAUAUCCAGUCUCACUAUCAACUGGAGCUGCAGGACUGUAUAGACUGGACACAUGUCACCGACCCGCUUAUCGGUCGGAAGAAGCCGGUGUCAGCCUCCGCCAAAGAGAUGGAGUGGGCCCAGAUGGCCUGUCAUCGCUGCCUGGUGUACCUGGGGGAUCUUGCACGCUACCAGAAUGAGCUGGCGGGUGUGGAGGCGGAGCAGCUGGCGGAGCGCUUUUACCACCAGGCCCUGUCCGUCACGCCACACGUCGGAAUGCCUUUUAACCAGCUGGGUACCCUAGCAGGAAGUAAAUUCUACAAUGUGGAAGCCACCUACUACUACCUUCGCUGUAUACAGUCGGAGACGCCCUUUGAGGGCGCCUAUGGAAACCUGAAGCGUUUAUUUGACAAGGCAGCCAAGAUGUAUCACCAGGUGAAGAAGCAGGAAAUGAAGAAGCUUUCACCCUCACGUCAGCGGUCCAGAGACAUCAAGCGACUUCUGGUGAGCUUCAUGUACCUGCAGAGCCUGUUACAGCCCAAGAACAGCCUACUGGAAACAGAGUUGACAUCUCUAUGCCAGUCAGUGCUGGAGGACUUCAACCUGGUGCUGUUUUACCUGCCCACACCUGCACAUAGCACUGCAGCCGCCGGCGAGGAAGAGGAGGAGCAUGAUGUUGGCUGCUCCUUUCUGCCUGACACGCUGGUCUUCAAGAUGGUGGUCACCUGCCUCAUGGUGGUUCACAGCCUCAAGAGGGCAGGUGCUAAACAGUACAGUGCAUCUAUAGCCUUCACACUGGCCCUGUUCUCACACCUGGUCAACCACGUCAACAUCCGCCUGCAGGCCGAACUGGAGGACGGAGAAAGCCAGGUGCCACCACUUCAUACUGACAACACAGAUGACCCAGAACUAAGAGAGACCACAGAACCAAUGACAUUAGAUGAAGGGGGUCUGCCAAACGGCACAGGGGGAGAGGAUGAAGAAGAGGAGGAAGAGGAGGAGGAGGAGGAAGAUGAGGAGAGAGGUGAAGGAGAGGUGGGAGACAGUGGUGGCAGGAUGAAAGCUGGAUCAAAGAAAGGUGCUGGAAAGAAGCUGGAGGAGGGGAAACAGAAGCAGAAGAAGAAAUACUCCCGCCUGUCCAUGCUGCGGCGGCGCCGCUGUGCCCGCAAGGAGGAUGAGAGUGACCUGAGUGAGGGAUUCGAGAGUGAUGAAGAGGAGGAUUACGAGGAGAGGGGGCAGGCGGACAGCCCGGGGGCUGCGGGGCCCCCCGCCAGCACCCCUUCCAUGGGGAAGGAGGGGAAACGAGACCGACUGGCCGAAGAGGGGAGCUGGGAGAGCGGCUCGGAGGAGGAGGAAGGAGGGACGGCCUUUGACGUGGAAACAGACUCUGACAUGAACAGCCAGGAGUCCCGCUCCGAUCUGGAGGACAUGGAGGAUUCGGAGAGCCUUCCCCGGGACUCGCAGCAGCAGCAGCAGCAGCAGCAGCAGCAGCAGCAGGAGGAAUCCCCCAGGGAGGAGCGCUCCACCCCCCCAGCCACUAACGGCCCCUUGCUGCCUAGUGACCCCAGCAUCACCAGUAACUUGCAGGCCAUGUCUUCCCAGCUCUUCCAGGCCAAACGCUGCUUCCGUCUUGCCCCGACCUUCAGCAAUGUGCUGCUGCGUCCCCAGAUGGCCGCCCCCCCUGCCCCCGACUCCGCCCCCUCACAGGAGGCAUCCGCUCCAUCUGAGGACACGCCCCGCAAUGUCAGCCCUAGCACAGCCAAUGGAACAAACGACAACGAGAUUGAAUCUGACUCCGAGGGCAGUGUGCACAGUAACCAGUCAUGUCACAGUGAGAAGACCCUCUCAGAGAGACUGGAGAUUCUGACCAAUCAGGGCCUGAUCCAGGUCGUAAAAGUGUUUGUGGAUUGGCUGAGAACAAACACUGACAUCAUUGUCAUGUGUGCACAGAGUUCUCAGAGCCUGUGGAACAGACUGUCUGUGCUGCUCAACCUCCUACCUGAUGGGAGCAAGAUGCUAGAAGCAGAGCUGGGCUUGAACAAGGAAGUGACGGAGCUGCUGAACGAGUGCGAGCAGCCCAGCCUGACGCAGACCCUGCUCCUGCCCGAAGACCUGGCGCUGCGCCACCUGCCCGCCCUCAGCCUGGCACACCGGCGGCUGGACUUCACCCGCGAGAGACCCACGCUCAGCCCGCUGCAGGAGUGUGUAGUGCGGCUCUGCUGCAUUCGCAGUUUUGGCCACUUCCUCACCAAUCUCCAGGGCAACGUGCUGCACUUCAACCCGGAGGCGGGAAUCUUCACCAGCAUCAGCCAAUCGGAACAGGAGAACCUGGUGCAGCAGGCCAAGGCCCAGUUCCGCAUGGCUGAGGAGGAGGCCCGUCGGAACCGGCUGAUGAGAGACAUGGCCCAGCUCCGCCUGCAGUUGGAGGUUUCCCAGCUGGAGGGCAGCCUGCAGCAGCCCAAGGCCCAGUCCUCCAUGUCCCCCUAUCUGGUGCCCGACACGGCCGCCCUCUGCCAACACCUGGGCAUCCUGCGGCAACUAGCGGGGAGCGGCUGCUUCAUCAUCAUCAUCCCCCGCACAGUGAUUGAUGGUCUGGAUGUGCUGAAGAAAGAGAACGCAGGAGCGAGGGAUGGAAUCCGAUUCCUGGAGUCAGAGUUUCGCAAGGGCAACAGAUACAUCCGCUGCCAGAAAGAGUCUGGAAGGAGCUUUGAGAGAGACAAGCUGAAACGGCUGGACAUCGAGGCCUGGCACCUGUACAAGAUGGUGGACAGCUGCCGCCAGUUGACCGUCUCCCAGAGCAACGGGGACGAAGACACGGCAGGCAUGGUCACAAUCCUCACGGGACAGACUACAGAGGACUUAGCGGCGCGUUCCCCAUCCAUGAAGUCUGCUGUCCAGGCGGUGGCUGCGGCAGGCAUGGAGCUGAAGAACAUUGUGGAGUUUUACCGGCAGUGGAAGGAGAUCGGCUGAAAGCAUGAGGGGACGAGGUCGGCACGGCAGUCAGCUGAUCACACACUCACUCCCUCUCUCUCUCUCCCACUAUUUUGCUCUGUCUGUAUCCACGUCUCCAGGGAACAUAACUAAAGAAAGAAAGAAAAGAAAGAGAAAGAGGGUGGAAAAGUGCAACAGUAGGGGAAAGAAAAGCAAGAAAUGGGCCUGGGGGUUAAAAAACAUCGCAGAUCCCUACCCCAACUACUCCAACAAAAGGAAAGGAUUCCAGAAGCUGGGGUGGGGUGUGCAAGGGGGACAAACUAACAACAAAGUGCCCCCUUUACACAAUAUAUCCAGGUAUAUACUGUGUAUGGAUAAAUGAGUAUAUACAUGCUGAGAGAGAAACACACAGAUACACACAUAAAUAUAUAUUUAGAGAAGUGCUUUUGUAUUUUCGUUUCAUUCUUUUACCCUGAGUUUUUGUUGAGAUGAGAGGAUACAAUCAAGAAGCCUGUGUUGAGUUUGCAUGGCUACAGCAAAGGUUGUAACAGAAACCUGAAAGAACGAGAGAGAGAAAAAAAUGUCCCUGGUGAAGAGUCCUAUAUCUGUCCAGCUUUCAGCCUGAAAACCUACAGGGACUUGUAGCUUAAAGGGUAACCAAGGAUUCAGGUCAAUGGAUGUACACAUCUUAGGGAUUGUUUCUCUCUUAUGUGGCUGAUCUUUUUUUUUUUUUUUUUGCUGUGUACUUUUGUGACUGGUGACUAAAGUAUUGUAUUGUCUGUGUAUGGAGGGGGAAGAUGUACAAUGGCAGGUUGUGCCCUGGCUGUUUGAAUUCGAUUUUAUUUUUUUAUGUCGUACUGUAAAUUUUGCUUUUGUAAGCUGUGUUAUAAAGAAACGGAAAUUACGGGGAUCGGGUCAGUGUCUUGUAUGUUCCUGAAACACUCAUCAUGCCUCUGUUUUGAAAACAUUCGGGCUUCCUGCCAAGGCAAAGCCCUUGUGGUGGGCUGGAGUCCUUUGAUCAAUCUCGCGCCACAGAUGGGGCCAAGGAGACGGCAGGCCACCGACUGCUCCCAAAGUGCGGUCCAGUUGCAUUGCCAGUCUCAGCAAACCCCCUUCACCCAUCUACCAUCACUACUCCAUCGUUCCUGUCUUAUAAUGCACUGUGCAGAGGAAUCCAACGUGUGUGUGGC